CCGCGUGAGUUCAUGCUUUCCAUGAUGCUAAUGGUGCGGGUACUGGAUGAGGCUGGGUAGUGUUGCAUCCAAAGAGAUGCUUCUCUGCUUUAUUCCCUAAGGAUUUAUUUUCUGAUUCAAUAUAAAUUCUGGUGUUUUCGUUUUAUCGGGGCUUAGAUUAAAAUGAAGACGUUCGUAACGUUAACUUCCACAGAGGCGCUCGCGCUCUGGUUUCCGUCUGUGUCAAAGGGUACCGAUGUAUCUCUGUUCACCCGGCCUGCUGUCAUGAAUUUCUGGCUCAUGUCCUGCCUCUAAUGAGGAAAAAACUGAUUUCUAAUUUCUAAGGAGCAUGAUGGAUGUCCCAUCUUCUAACCUAAGCCAUCCUUCCAGCCUCCACAAUGGUUGGUCUUCAGAUACGCCUGCAGGACCUCUUUUCAAUCCUCUGCCUCACCUCCAACAACUCAGCCUUGGCUCUUCACCUUCCCAGCAGUCAUCUGGAAAUAACUCCAAGUGUGGCUUUGCUGCCUUUUCAGCCUGGAAUGACACUCAUCACAGCGCUCAUUAUGUUCGCAGUGAUGAUCACAGUUUGCAGCAGAGUGUUCCUGAUGCUUGUGCUUCAUCCACAGCUCCCCCUAUAGUCCAUGAAAGGAAUAUACCGCCAUACUGUCUUCCAUUAAUGAACGAAGGGUCGCCGCCUCUCUACCCCCAGCAUAUUCCCAAUCAUUCCCCUCCUAAUCCUUACAGAGCUGUAGAUCCCUCAAUCUAUUCUCAACACGGAUAUCGAAGUCAAUUAAAUCAGCUUCAAUCACCCACUCAGAGUCUUCCUCCUGUUGGCCCCUCAUUUGUUGAACCUCAGUUAAAUCAACUGCCUGCAUCAGUCACAACGCUGCGUCCAAACGUCGGUUCUAAUGAAAACGUUAAAUCUAAUGAAACACAGGCCUCCACCAGCGGUCCCCUCCAGCAGCAGCCGCUGUGGAAUGUUGCAGCCGCUUCUAAAGGGGGCAUAAAUGACUGUCUGCCACAUCCUGCUUCCCUGGACCAUAAUUUGACACCUCAGUCUCCCAACUCUGAGUCCCGUUAUGGUUUGAAUCCUGAACUCUUACCAAGCGCAGUGAAGGUGAUGGCAGAGGACAGAACGGAGUGGGAGGGGAAAGUUUUUAUCUCGGAGCAUUUUUCCCGGCUGCCUCCUCUGGCAACUACAACAUGUGUCAUAGAGGACAGAGGCAACGUGAGCCCCUUGGCCAUCCGCUCUCUGACGUACUGCGUCCCGUGUGACGGUCAGAUGGCGCUGCUCAGCCGGCUGCCAAUAGGAGCGCUGGUUACUCCUUUUAUCAAGCAAACUGCCUCCGAGAAUUCCCUCCCCCUCUGCAGAGAAGCAGAUUCUGUUGUGGGUUGUAGUUGCGGAGCCUCCAUGUGCCCGGCGAUGAGCUGGCAGGACUGUGGACAGAGGUUUUACUGCCCUUUCUGCGAGAAACUCAGUGAGGUGCCAUGGCAGCAGUACCAGCCCACCGAGGGGGUGGAGGGGGUUCGGGUUGACAGAGACAGAAAGCCUGAGCUCAGCCUGGGCUCCUAUGAAAUACUGAACUCAGAGAAGGGAGAACCUGCUGCGCUCCUUCUAGCCAUAGAUGUUUCUGGGUCUGCGCUGAGAGGAGGACACUUAGAAUUUGUUUCACAGCAAAUCCAAACUGUGCUCGCCUCAUUGAACAGUGAGGGAGGAGAUUCCUGGUCAGAUCUGCGUGUUGGUUUGAUGACGUACGACAGCAGGAUCCACCUGUAUGACCUCAGCCCCGACCUGACCCGUCCGCACAUGCUGGUCAUCGCUGACACGGAGGACAUGCAGCUCCCUGUGAGGGCGGGGCUUCUGGUGUCCCUUAAACACUGUAUUGAAAGUUUAGACAGCGUGUUGCAGCUGAUUCCUCAGUUCAGCGCUGAUUGCAGUGACUCCACUGGACCCAUUGAGCUUCCUGUUAAAGCCGGCCUCGCUGUCCUGCAGGGCUUAAAGUGUCUGGGGAAACUGCUCGUCUUCCACAGCGCUGCUCUGAUGGAGACGGGAAACACAACCUCUUCCUCAGGGUUCUUUGGGACCAACAAACCAAAGUCCAUCUUUCAGCCAUCAGAAAAAGCCAUCUCAUUGGCCAAGGAGUGCAUCAGCCAGGGAUGCGGCGUGCACAUGUUUGUUUUGUCACAGCAAGAUGUGGGCGGGGCAUGGCCAGGCCACAUUCCUUAUUUAACCGGUGGAGCUUUGCACACCUACGGCUACCUCCAGGGCGAACUGGACAGAGAGAGUUUCAGCACAGACCUGAAGCGGAUUGUAGAGGCGGACACAGGCUACCAGGCUGAGCUCAGGAUAUUCGUCAGCAAAGAUUUACGCGUAUCUGGUUGCUAUGGAAUGUUCGUCCCCGGUUCGAACCCUGGACACGUCACCAUGGCAACGCUUGACAGUAGGACCACUCUAGCCGUGGAGCUCGCACACAGUAAAGCUUUGGAUGAGACAAGAGGUGCAGCCUUACAGGUGGUCCUGUCUUACACAUCACAGACGGGGGAGAGAAGAAGGAGAGUUCACACUUUGACACUGCGAUGCUCGCGCCACCUGCAGGACACUUUCAGGAACUACCAGGCUGACACGCUUCUUACUUACUACUGCAAGAAGAUGUACUGUGCAGCCUUAGAGCGCCCUCUGCAGGAGCUGAGAGAGGAACUGCAAACAGAUGUAACGGAGGCGCUGGCAUCUUACCGUAAACACGGCUGCUCAUCUUCAGUGUCUGCUGGGCAGCUGGUCCUCCCUCAGUUCCUGCGAGCUCUUCCUGUUUACAUCAACAGCCUGAGGAAGAGUGAGGUGCUGCUGCCGGGUCUGAGGAGCUCCGUCCACCAGAGGCUGCAGCAGCGCUGCCAGGUGCUCGGCCUCGACACCUGCAGCACCGUCAGGAACUUCUAUCCUCUGCUGCUGCCUCUGCUGCCUUUAGACAGCAGCUCCAUCCCUCCAAACACAGAGAGGUCGCUGCGCUGCACCGGUUCCAGCCUGGAGUCCAGCGCUCUCUACCUGCUCCAUGCACCCUACACUGUGCUGCUCUGGGUGGGAACUCAGGUCCCGACGUGCAAACUUGUUGAGCUCUUCAACGUCAGCUGCUUUGCUUCUCUGCCUUCAGGGGAGACCAAGCUGCCAGCUUUGGAAAACCGUCUGUCCAUCAGCGUUCGGUCACUCAUCAGCUCACUCAACUCAGAGGUUCCUUACGCCCGAAAGCUGCUGGUGGUGAAACAAGGCGACACCUGUGAGGAGGCCCUGCAGCGCCACCUGGUGGAAGACAAGAGUCCCAACGGGGGAGCUUCCUACGCAGAUUUCCUCUACCAUCUCCACAUCAACUCUGUCCGCCUGCUGCAGUGACCCACACACACAUUUAUUGAGACUUUAGGCUGCUUCCACAUGUGGGGCAUUAAAGGCCUGCAAAAUCAUGAUAUUAUAAUAAUAAGCAUUAGAAAAUAUUAAGACUGUUCUCAAAAGUAGGCUGUGCAUGGAGAUGUGUCCAGAUAUGAUGACCUGUUUGUCUGAAGCGACAUAAAAUGUGCUGAAUGUUU